AUCUGCAUAAGUUCUUAGUGGCACGCUUACGUUUCUGACGGUGAGAGACUGUAGGCCGAACAGAAGGCGACUUGCUUGUGCUGGUCUAGACAUAUUGAGUGCACCGAGUACUUUCGUUCUGAUUCUGGCUUGAGUCAAUAAGACACCGGUUCUGCUCGCACGCUGAGUCGGUAUAUAUGUCCGGGGACUGUACGGGAUUUCUGAGUGUUGGACCCGAGGGAUGUUCUGCGAACGAGAAAGCACCACGAAAGAGCGUCGGAAUUAGGCCUGACGAUUGAGCAACUCACCAGCCACUCACACGCGCUAACGCGACUUCGCUGCAUCUGGCGAUUUGAGACUUCUGGACGUAGCCUUUUCCCCACAAACCCCAAAGCCCCUUGGCGGACUAUGUCCGUUGGACAAUGCCCAUUGGAAGCAACCGGUGACUGGGUCGGCGAAAUCCCAUGAGAGCCCCGCAUUGCCAUGAGCACCUUCGACGGCCGAAUUCGGGAGUACCCGGCUAUCGCUGUGGAUAACUUUCAGCCGACUCGGCCGGGAGUGCGAAUAUUCCUCUUAUCACACGUGCACGCAGACCACCUGUCUGGUCUGGACAGCCGAUCUUUCAAUAUUCCAUUGUAUUGCUCAGAAGAUACGGCUAAAUUGCUACCGGCUGUGAGAGCGGAAGUUAGCGAACCCGGGACGAAGAAGAGAUCACCUGCAGGGAAAUACACUCAUCUGAAACCCUUUUUGAAACCCCUCGAAUAUCAAGAGCCGACGCAAAUAUGCAUUGGAGCCGAAACCAUAACCUUGACUCUGUUCACGGCGAAUCAUUGUCCUGGUUCGACCAUGUUUCUCAUAGAAGGGUCGAAAGGAAACGUCGUUUAUACGGGCGACAUGAGAGCCGAAGAUUGGUUCCUCGAUACUUUGGAAUCGCACAUGAGUUCUUUCUCGAAUAUCCUUCACGUGUAUCUCGACACCACUUUCUGUCAUGAGAGCUUCGCCGAUUUCCCCUCGAAGUCACGCUCCAUUGAGGCCUUCAUGGAGGUGAUUCGGCAGUAUGACGCCGAGACUUGCUUCGUUAUUGGAUACAACAUCCUCGGCGUAGAGCCGAUAUGGGAUCGAAUCUAUGAGGAUUACGGCGAAAAGGUACAUACAAUUGUCCGAUCGACUCAACGCCUUUCCAGCUUUUGACUCACAAUGUCCAGGUGUUUUUGUCGCCCAAGAAGUAUGCAUUGUACUCAGCGCUCGAUACCCUGGACUUCAUCACCGACGAUCCCGACUCCACACGGUUUCACGCCUGCGAUAAAACGUGCUCAAAGUGCAAUGCACUUAA